GUUUCUAUUUAUUCUAAUUACGAUUUGAGGGAAAUUAUGCAAUGCGCUCACUGUGAUAAUUCUUCUUCGUGCUUUCACUGCCAAUGCACCGUGUGUGGAGUUCGUAUUGUAGAGCAGCUUCCAAUGCGUUGUCUGCACUGUGCCUCUCUCACACACGUGGGCUGCGCGAGACAUGCGCUGGAUGGCACCCCAUUGGACUGCACCCCAGAUUCCCCCCCUCCUCAACCACCCGUUCGCUCGACCAGUUCUCCACGUGGGCAUUCCUCGCUCUUUCCUUCUAACGGGACGACCCAGAGCGGUCCUUUCUAUUGCUCACCUGACUGCGUGCUGAGGGUUGGGCUCUAUGCGAACCUAAACUUCGAAGAGGCGUUGAGCUCCGUGAUUGAGGCGGAGGCCGCACGGCGGUGGGCGGAGGUCGUUGCCCACCGCUCACCGACGAGCGUUGAUGGCAGACAACCCGCGCGGGAUUCGCCCACCCCUCUUUCACCCUCCCUUAAGGACUUUAAGGAUACUGAAGGUGGACAUUUUUUUAGGGUGGCGUACUUUCAAUUACGCUACGAGACAUGGCUGCGGUACUUUGAGCAGGAGCGUUUAUUUUACGCUCACACUGUAUGGCUGCCGCCAACACACUUGGCUGUCAGUGAGCCCCUUCUUCGCAAUGCUAAUGAGUUGAUUUCCGCGGAAGGUCAGGCACGUCGGCUUUAUAUGCUCUCUCCUGAAACCGCUCCCGUCGGAUCUGUCGUGGCGCUCCCGGAUGAUAAGAUUUGGAAGGAAGCCAGAAGCCUUUCUGUUGGGGAAACCAACAACCAUUUGGUUGAGUCCGUAGAGCAGAUUAACAGGUGUACACAAGAGGCGAAAACUAGCGCAGUGCUCAGAGUUUCCGAUCUCGUCAACACCAAGUCUCCGACGACUUAGAUUUUUUCCUUUUUACUUCUCUAUCAUUGGUUAAGAUGUGGCGGUGUGGAGAGCAAACUGGACCUUCUGUGAUUUUUCUU